AUGCUGUAUCUGACAGCCGACUUCUUUCCCAUCUUUGUACCAUUGGGGGUCAUUGGAUUCUAUCGUUAUCUAAUUUUCUUAAUCAAGCUACUUGCAUGGAUCGUAUACCGCCCCAUUCGCCCAUUGGAAAAGCCUAUCUAUGACCCAGAGCAAGAUGUUACCAUUGUUGUACCCACUAUUGAUGCUGGUGAAGAAUUCAAGGAAGCUGCACGAUCUUGGUUGGCAUGUCGACCAAAGCAGAUAUUGGUUGUAACAGAGGAGGCUAUGCGAGAGCCGAUCCAAGAAUUAGCAAAUACGAUUGCACCCGACAAGAUCAAGAUUUAUUCAGUGCCCAAAGCAAGCAAACGUGACCAAAUGGUAGAAGGGAUCCGGCACACGGAUACCGACAUCCUUGUGUUUGCAGAUGAUGAUGCCAUAUGGAAGCCUACAAUGUUGCAAUACAUUCUUGCAUGCUUUGAAGAUGAAUCGAUUGGUGGAGUGGGUACAUCGCAAAUCGUAAAACCUCUUGGCAAACGUCAAACGGUGUGGGAAGUGCUUGCAGGCUUUCGAUUGACCAUCCGCAACAUUGAAGUGGCUGCUUCAACGCAUAUCGAUGGAGGUGUAUGCUGCAUAUCAGGCCGUACAGCCGCCUAUCGCACCGUCAUCCUCAAGGAUCCCAGCUUUAUCCACAACUUUACAAAUGACUAUUGGCGUGGAAAGUACAAGCUCAAUUCAGGCGAUGACAAGUUUCUCACACGAUGGAUGAUCUCACAUGGGUGGCGAACCUAUAUGCAAGUAUGUCCAGAAGCACAGCUGCAAUCUACCUUUAAGGAUAGCUGGCGGUUUUUGUUACAAGUUUUACGGUGGACUCGCAAUACAUGGCGAUCGGAUUUUCGUUCGUUGUUCACCGAACGCUUUCUCUGGACUCGACAUCCAUUUGUUUCAUACACCAUGAUUGACAAGUUCUUCAACCCUCUUACACUUCUCAGUGGCCCAGUAUCAGUCGUAAUCCUUUGUUUCCUUCAGUAUCAUUUACCACAAUGGAACAUUGUCGCCUCGUAUCUUGUAUGGUUGAUCCUCACUCGCCUUGUUAAACUUUCACCUCAUCUCAUUCGCUGGCCACAGCACAUCAUUGCUCUUCCCGCUUUCUUACUUUUCAACUUUUAUUUUGCAUUCAUGAAGAUUUAUGCCUUGUUUACACUUAAUACUACUGGCUGGGGCACACGUAAACUUGCAACAGGCCAAACCCAAUAA